CCAUGGAGGCUUUGAGAGCGAGCGCCUUGGCUAUGGCGCCGACAACACAGCAGCGCCUCCAGUUGCCCUCGCAGGUAUCCAAGAGGUUCUCAGUGGAUACUGGAUUUUGUGCAAGGACUCGAUUCCAUGAGCAAGCUCUCGAGGGGAGGAAGAGAAUGUCAUCGAUUUCAUGGACGGUAUGUGCUGCUUUAGAUACUGGCAGUCAAUCCGUGACAGAGCUAGAAUUUUACAGUUUGAGGAAGGAUGUAGAGAAUGUGGCCGCUCGCGUUCGCCAGCUCCUCGAUUCGGCAGACCUGGAGCAACAGGAAGCUGUUCUGGCCGACCUGGAGAACCAAGCGAGCGAUCCAGCGUUUUGGGAAGAGCGUUCCAAGGCACAGAAGAUACUCUCCGAGCUCAACGAGAUCAAAGAUCGCGUCAAUCUUUACAAAACUUUUCGAGCCAAGGUUGACGAUGCCCAAUGCAUAGUGGAACUUUUGGAGGAAAUGGAGAGUCCGGACGCUGCUCUGAAACUGGAAGCCGCGGAGACGGUCUCGUGGAUCACCGCGGCGAUGGAUAGGUUCGAGUUAAACAAGCUCCUGUCUGGAACUUAUGACAAAGAAGGAGCUCGGAUCACUAUUACCGCAGGCGCUGGCGGAACCGAUGCGCAGGAUUGGGCUGAGAUGCUUCUAAGGAUGUACCAGCGAUGGGCUACCAGGUCGGGCUUUAAGUCGACUGUGGUGGAGAGUUCUCCUGGCGAGGAAGCUGGGAUCAAAUCGGCCACACUCGAGAUCGACGGGAGAUAUGCGUAUGGUUAUAUCUCCGGAGAGAAAGGCACGCACAGGCUGGUGAGACAAUCGCCUUUCAACUCUAAAGGUCUCCGACAGACGAGCUUUGCAGGAGUGGAAGUGAUGCCUCUGCUGGAAGAGAGCGAGAUCGAGGUGGAGAUACCCGAAGGCGACCUUGAGAUUACAACGUGUAGAUCUGGAGGCAAAGGCGGGCAGAACGUGAACAAGGUCGAGACUGCUGUUCGUGUCACGCACAUUCCAACCGGGAUUGCUCUUCGCUGCUCAGAGGAAAGAAGCCAACUCCAGAACAAGAUAAAAGCAAUCGCGCUGCUCAAAUCCAAGCUCCUGGUGAUUCUCGAGGAGCAAAGGGCUGCCGAGAUCAAAGAGAUUCGAGGGGACGUCGUCAAGGCGGAGUGGGGGCAGCAAAUAAGAAACUACGUCUUCCAUCCUUACAAGCUCGUCAAGGAUUUGAGAACAAACGUGGAGACGUCGGAUAUCAGUGGAAUCAUGGACGGGAAUUUGGAGCCACUUCUCACAGCGUAUCUCAUGUCCAAGCAGUCGAGCUCCUCGCCAGUGCCAGUGUAAGUUACUUGACAUCGUUCCAUAGUUCCAUAGUUAAUACAUUGUAUUCUUUUCUUUGGUAACUACUAUAACACUUUGAUAUGAUAGAGUAUAAGAUUGCU